CAAAUAGUGGAUUGACGAUAGACAAUAGAUAACGGCAAAUUAAAACCGACUCGUUUAUAGCACACGACUAUAGAAAAAUAUAUUAGUUCGUUGAAACUCACACUAGGAAUGGGAAGGUAAACGUUUUACUCAUCAAGAUUAGAAAUAUGUCCUUAGCGUGGUUUGCUAUUUUGACUGCUGCUGUAGUCUGUAUAGGGACUGUAGGUGCGGGUAAUGGAGAUACCAAGGAUAGAAUAAAGUGUAAAGAAGACUGUUCAAAAGAAAAAGAACUGGCCGAUGCUAUUAACAAGUUUGGGAUUGAGAUAUGCAAGAAGAUAAGUGAACAAGAGAAAAACGGCACCAAUGUUUUCUUCAGCCCUGUGAGUAUAGCAACCGCAUUGGCAAUGGUACUUCUGGGAGCUGAUGGGGAUACCAAAUCUGAAAUGGAAGAUGUUCUACAUGUUACUGAUAUCCAAAAGAAUUCUGGCCUUCACUCUAUGUACUCGUGUCUGAAUAAAAACCUGUAUGGUAAAACAAAUGGCACGGAGCUCAGAUCAGCGAACAAGCUGUAUCCGGAUGAAACCUUGGCCGUAAGGCAAAGGUUUAUCACAGCAAUAGAAACGUACUAUAAAGGUUCGAUAGAAGAACUUGAUUUUAAACAAUCAGCCCAGGCCACCGAUAUUAUAAAUAAAUGGGUAGCUGACCAAACGAACCAGUUGAUCAAAGAAGUUCUUCAACCGGGAGAUAUCAGUGCCAUGACAGUAUUUGCACUCGUCAAUGCUAUCUACUUCAGGGGAGAUUGGGUUACGCAAUUUAAUCCAUGUGAUACCAAUGUUCAAUCUUUCUAUGUCCAAAAUAAUGUAACAGUCGAGGUCGAUAUGAUGUACCAAGAAGCCCCUUUCAAGUAUUUCCACGACUUUGGUCUGAAGGCCCAGUUCUUGGACCUCCCUUACAUCGGCGAUAGAUUGAGUAUGGUCAUAAUCCUUCCAGAUGAGAAAGAUGGCAUGAAAGAUUUAAUAGAAGGCAUAACUCAUAAAAACCUCGAAGUCGCAUUGCGUUAUCUCCAGGCGCCCAACGCUGGGAGAGACGUUUACGUGUCGCUACCAAAGAUGAAGUUUAAAUGGAAAAAUGAAUUGUCAUCGAUACUGGAAGAAAUGGGAAUGGAAAAACUAUUCUCAUCUGCUGUCGACCUCAGUGGAUUCAGCAAGGAUCCAAGACUAGAUGUAUCCAAGGUCAUCCACGAGGCAUUUGUUGAUGUAAAUGAAAAAGGGACAGAAGCCGCUGCAGUUACCGUGAUUGCAGGAGGACGAUCCGGCUAUGUUCCUCCGCCUGUCAAAGUCAACUGUAACCACCCGUUCAUGUUCCUCAUCUACGACAAGACAUGCGGCGUGAUUUUGUUCAUUGGGAAAGUCACGAACCCUCCAUCUGCCAGUAAUACGACAAGUCCAAAAGGCAAGACAGGCCCUGUUGAGAGUCAAGGAAAUGAACCGGUGGAGGAGAAAGAGGUUGAAAACUGUAGAGCAAAGUGCCGAGAGGAAUGCUACUUCAAGCUUCUUAACAAAACUGCCGAGAAGAAAAAUAGUAAAACUCGUAAGGAGCCGAAACCCAAACCGGAUGGACAGAAAUCAAGACCGUUGAACCCAGAAUGCGAAAAAUGGAUGCAGUGGAAAAAAAUGUGCAGACAAAUUAAAAAAGACCCUCAAAGCGACCCAUUUGCAGAUCUGUUCCGAAAAGAUUUUAUUUUUUUGAGGAAUUGUAAGGGUAGAUGCAAUUGCAAACGGACGCCGCCCGGACCCAUGGGACGCAGUGGUGGGGUAAAUGUAGACCCAUGUUUUACAGAUGAAACAUAGGGGAACAAGGGAAAAUAUUGAAUUUUGAUUUGAGAACAAAAGUAUUAAAAAUACAACUAUUUUGGUGCAUAG